GAUCCUCACAAGCCGUUCGGAACUCCGCUUUUUACUUCAGUGCGCCCGAAUCAACUCUUCUGUGAUAGCGUCACGGACUACUCUCCGCUGAAGAGCACCGAGAUCGCGAAUUCCCGCCCUAAUUGCCCGGACUGAAGGGCGUCGAAAUAUCCUCCGGUGGAGGAUCUAUGAUCCGAUUAGUUUUAUCGACAUCCGCGAACACCGACAAAAUAAGUGACAGUUCUUCUUUUCAUCUAAUUAGCCCUGGGUUUGACAAUAAUAUCGCAAGGAAAUGCUGAGGCACCAGAAUUAGCAUUUGUGAUUCGAGGAAAAUUGGUGGAUUGUUCGAUUUUUUUUAUUUGUUUGUGUGUUCUAUUAACGUUUGAAGUUUGUGAAAACUGUUCGUAUCUAUGAUGCGAAGGGUGUGAUUUUUGAAUGUUUCGUUUGAAGGAAGAAAACUUUUCAGUGAUGUUUUUGUGGUGUUAGGAUUAUAUCAGGAGUUAUUUUUAUUUUGGAUUAUAUCAACAUGGAUUUUUCAGUUAUUCUAGUUUUCUUGGCACUCUUCAUCGCUUCUACGGCGGCGCAACAGCAAUACUUCCGGGUCCAGCCGCGCAACGUCAAAGUCCAAGAGGGCGGGGAGGUCAUGCUGGAGUGCGAAGUGGCCAACCUCGCCGGACAAGUUCAAUGGACCAAGGACGGAUUCGCUCUAGGUUUCUCCAGCGUCAUCCCCGGAUUUCCCCGGUAUUCCGUUAUCGGAGACCGUAGACACGGCGUGUACAACCUGCGGGUGAGCAACGCGUCCCUGGAGGACGACGCCGAGUACCAGUGCCAGGUGGGACCGGCCAGGAUGCACAAGGCGAUCAGGGCCAACGCUCGGCUCAGCGUCAUAUCUCCACCCUCCUCCGUGGAAAUCCUAGAUCACCAGGUGGAUACGAAGAUAGAAAUAAAGGAGAACGAAGAAUUUCACCUAGAGUGCAGGGUGAAAAACGCCAAGCCUGCAGCGAAAAUCGUCUGGUACAGGGGAAAUGUCGAGCUCAAUAUUCCAAACCGAGAGGAUAACACCAUAGAAGUUCCUUCGGUAUCUGGCGGUAGGAGAAUCACAAGGUUUGACACCCAUUCCAGAAUAUCGCUGAAGCCAACAGCUGAAGACGAUUACGCCGAGUAUACUUGCGAAGCUAGGCACGAAGCGCUGUCACCAGAUACGUCCAUGAGAGCUUCUGUUCAACUGAGCGUUCUAUAUCCUCCGGGGAUGCCUUACAUCGAGGGUUAUACGGAGGGGGAGACGAUACGUCGGGGGCAGUCUGUGGAGCUGGUGUGCCGCAGCAGGGGAGGCAACCCCCCAGCGCAGCUCAUAUGGUACAAAAACGGGGAACAGAUAAGGAUGGCCUACCGUACUGCGGGCAGGGUGUCUGAGAAUGUAUACGCUUUCACCGCAGAGGCCAGCGAUAACAAGGCCAAAUACAAGUGUGAGGCCAACAACAUCAUGUCCAAGACGCCUCUGAAGGUGCACGUCGAGAUGACAGUGCUGUUUUCACCAUCCCACGUCACGAUAUCGGGACCGACAGAGGCCAGAGUUGGCGAUCCGGUACCCCUUACCUGCACCACUGCCAACUCCAACCCUCCAGCUGAGAUAAAGUGGAUGGUGGCAGGUAGACAAGUGAGAAACGCCACUUCUAGAACAGUAAUAUCGCCAGAAGGUGGAUGGAUUACAACUUCGAACAUCACUGCUGUCGUUGAACCCAACAGGAGAAGCCUCGUUGUGAUCUGCCACGGUUUAAACAUGCAGCUUACAGAAAAUGUAGUGUCCACCCAUACCAUCAAUGUGCUUUAUCCACCAAGCCCACCGUUCAUCCAUGGCUACAAAGAAGGUUCAAUUAUAGCUUCUGGUACCGUGCAAAAGAUAUCAUGUACCUCCUCUGGUGGUAACCCUCUAGCUACCCUAACAUGGUAUAAAAAUGAUAAAAAGAUCAACUCAGUUACCAAAACAACCGACAAAUCAGUAACAGCUGAGAUAACCAUUUUAACCAAUGUAACUGAUAACGAUGCUAGAUACAGAUGCGAAGCAGCUAACUCCGCCACAGAAAUCCCGCUUUUCGAAACUAUCACCAUGAAAGUGUACUUUCCUCCCGAGACCGUCAGAAUAAGACAGGAUCCGCUUGAACUGAAGCCAAACACUCAGGCAACUCUGAUCUGCGAUUCCAGCUCCAGCAAUCCCCCUGCCAAGUUGUCUUGGUGGAGGGAAGGUAUACCUGUCCAAGGAGUCUUCAACACAAGUAAACCAGGUCUACAUGGCGGAACUGUAUCUACCAUAGAGUUGAAAUUGAAUGUUACUGAGCAGCUUAAUGGUAUUGUGUACACGUGUCAGGCUACUAAUGAGAAAUUGGAAAGAUCCGUUCAUGAUGCUGUCACACUCCAAGUGUUAUACAAACCGAACUUCGAUAAAGAGAAUGAAGAAGACAUAGUUGGCAUCGAGAAUGAACCCCUGAUCAUUUCUCUUCGAGCUGAGGGAAAUCCACAAAGCAUCACUUACACUUGGACCAAAGAUGGUUUACCCAUCACACCAACCUCCUCUAGUUCGGGGAUUGAAAGGAUAGUUUCUGAAGGACCGACUUUGAACAUCACGAAGCUGAGCAGAAAUGAUGCCGGUACCUACAUUUGCGAGGCUAUCAAUUCGCAAGGAAGCUCAGUAUUCAACAUCAACGUCACGGUGCACUAUCCGGCUGCUAUUGUGGCAACGAGUGAAAACGUUAUUGCUAGUCCAAAGGAAGAUGCUACUCUGUCUUGUUCAGCGGAAGGAAAUCCGUUGUCUGACGAUUCCAUUCAGUGGAAGCGAGAUGAUUUUGCUGACUUCAACGCCAGAACUUCAGUCAUGUACGACAAAAAUGGUACUUCUUACCUCAGAAUAAGCGGUGUCACUCGAGAAGAUCUAGGAAACUUCGAGUGCAUAGUAAAUAAUGGCGUUGGAAACAAUUCUACCUCCAAGAAUGUCAUGCUGAUAGUCAAACAUAAACCUGAAAUAGAUGAGCACCCAACACUGCUGAAGUUCGCAAGUGACGCUGGCAACACUGCUAAACUUACUUGCAAGGCACAAGCUUCACCACUGGCCAAGUUUUCAUGGGCAAGGAAUGGUUCCCCCAUUGCACCAAACGCUACCAGUAAAUACUACGCCACUUUCAAGCAGAUCGAUGUCCUGACUUCUGAGUCCACGCUCUACAUAACCCACAUAACCUCCGCAGACUACGGUAACUACGAAUGCGUAGCCAGGAACGAAUUAGGUUUUGACACUCUUUCGCCCCGCCUAGAAGUAACAGCGCCGCCUGACGCGCCCUCUAUGUUACACGUCAUUAAUGUCACCCACGAUUCCAUCACGUUAGGUUGGACCCCAGGUUUCAACGGAGGAAUGAAGGCUUCUUAUAGAAUAAGAUACAGAGAGGUGGAUUCGGACAGCUACAAGUAUGAAGAUGUUCACCCGGCUGAAGCUGUUAACUACACCGUUAGGGGGUUGGCUAUCAAUACGCGAUAUAUAUUCUCGAUAAUGGCAAUGAAUAAGUUGGGGAAUAGCAACUUUUUGCCUGAUCUCACUGCUGGACAAACUUCGAUGUUCUUGGGCGAUCCAUCCAUACCUACUGAUAUACCGACAGUAAUCAGGGAAAAACAAGACUUACCAAGGACUGUUAUCAUUUCUAUCUCUAUCAUAGGAGUUAUUUUGUUGUUGAUCAAUAUCGGGCUGGUAGCAGGAUGUCUCUUCAAGAAGAGAGCGAAGAAACUCAGAGAACAAAACAACCAGUCCAACAAGUCGGCCACCAUUGAGAUGUACGCCCCUAGCAGCUAUAAUGACACUGUGACAGGAGAAACCCUGUCAUCUGUCAGUGAAAAGAGUGAAACUUACAGCAAUGAAGGCAGCCAUAAUGACUACACUGAGGAUAGCAGGAAACAGACAGCCACAACUUACAUCAUGGACCAACCGGACUAUCCUGGUGCGUAUCCCGGUUAUGAGCUGCAAAUGCAACCCUCUAUGGUUAACAAAACUCACACUCUUCCCCAUCCCCACCACCACCAUAACCACCAGCAUAUGCAUGAAAAGAAUCGUGCUAGAGACGAUCAGCAUCUUGGUUAUCACAGCACGAUGUCAGCAAAAUCCUCGUACGUGAGUGCUCCGUCUCCAGCGCCACCUGCCGACGGUUCCUACUUCAACAUGUCCGACAGGUACCUCUCUUACCCCCCACCGCUGACCUUCCAAAACCCGCCCCCCAUACCAGCGCAUCCGCACAUGACGCACACAAUGGCACCCAUAACCCCGCCGCUACCAUCCAACGGUACCUUGCACCGCCAAAGACCGCCGGUGCCGCCGCCAGAUGUCCUCCACAACACCAACCAGGGCUCGCAGAUCCUCCAGGCGCAGAAUCUGGCGCAAAAACGCGAACUGACAAGUUUUGGUAACGGUUACGGUGUUAACGAACAGGAGGGACACCUUGUAUGAGAUACGGACGAUGUUUUAUACGUGCUUUAAAUUAGAUUUUAGUGUCGAGGAGAUGAGUGGAUUGCAUAUAGCGUGUUUAUGGGAUUCGAGGAUUUUAAACGUGCAUGAAUUUCUUGUGAUUUUCGCGUAUGUUUUUGCCGCCUGAAUUGGAUGUUGACUUAAACGAAUUUUACUAGGUGUUGAUAGAUCAAGAAUGUUAUUGUUGAAAUAUUGAUGUUUCUGAGGAUAAGACAAAAAUCUCUUGAAAAAGAUGGUAAAGAACAAUAACCCCCAUUCCCGGAACACAAUAAUUCGUUCCACUUUUAUAUUUGGUCGAAUGACUAAAUAAACCAUUAACUGAUACUCAGUUGCAAAGUUAAAAUAAUAAAUAAUUGUGAUUAUGAAUUUUAUGAAAAAAGAAGUAUUUUUAUAUUGUGCAUUUUUACUUAUGGAGUUGUUUAAGUUUUCAAUCGAUAAGUUGUUUUGUAAAUUCAAAUUGUAUAUAGAUGAAUUCUAUCUUAGUUUUGCUCCCAUUAUUUACUAGUCCAAACGAAUAACCAAAGUUAACUCUUAAUUUGUUUAUUAAGAACUUAUGUUUCUUUAUGUACAUUUCUUGCUGAGUAUUUAUUCGAGUAUGUUUUCUUUUUAUUCUUGUAUAUAUUGAAAAUUUUGUGUUUAUUUUUCUUUUUCUUCAAUUCCGAACUUAUGGACAAAUAGGGUAUGACUAAUGGAUAAAAAUAAACAAUGAACACAAACAUUAUUUUUAUUCAUCAAAAAUGUAAAAUAGCCGAACAAUCAUUCAUAGAACAUUUAUUAUAACUUCGGAUUGUAAAUAAUAAUAUGUUGAGGAAUAAUGAAAUUUUGUAAAUAUUGUAAAACAUUUGAAACUUAAACCUUCCAAUUUUGCCAAUGAUGUAGAGAGUAAAGAGGAAUAAAUGUUUGAAAGUGCCUUUAAUAUACAAUCUGCCGUGUAUUGUAUUCUAGUGUUUUCAAUAUCUCCGUCAAUUUUGUUUCAUUUCAUUUGUGUAAAUACCUAUUUAAAGAUCAUUAUAUGUACUCUUUAAGCAAUUCAGGACAUAACUAUGGAUAAACAGAAUAUUUCAUUUUUUUAUAUUACUUAUUAUAUUUUUACUUCACUUUUUUCUUUUUCAUAUUCUUUUAUUUUGUUUUUCAUCAAACUUAUACUUUAUACCACAUUUCUCCUUGAACAAAAAAAAUUAUUUCACAUUUCUUUUUAGAAAAGAUUUAUGUUUAACGAAUUUCAUUUCUUUUGUUUUUUUCGCAUAGAGGGGACACUUGAGAUUUUCAAACAGAUUUUCUCAAAUCAAUUGACUGAUCAACGAAACAUUUCUAAUGAAAUAUUCUGUGAACUAUAUAAUCUGUAUCAUAGAGAAGAAGGCUCAUUGUAAAUCUAAACUGUUAAAUUGUCCAGUCAAUAACUUUAUGUAUGUAUGUUCAUCUCAUAAUGUAAUAUUGUUAAAAUUUACUAUUAUUAAACGCUCAUACUUGA